AUGAGUACUUUUAGUAGAUCAAGUAGGAAAUUCUUAACAACGGAAGAAGCUGUGGAAUAUUUGAUGUCAUUAGAUGAUGAAGCAGAUGAGAGUGAUCCUGAAAUGAUAAUAGUGCCACCUGAUCCAGACACAGUCACUGAUGAUGAAGAAAUUGAUGAAACCUCUAUUACUGCACAUGGAACAACUCUGGUUAGCCAAGCAAUGUCAAGAAAGCGUUUUUCUGAUAUCAAGCGAUAUUUACAUUUCAACGACAAUGCAACUAUUGAUUUAGAUCGAUAUUAUAAAGUUCGUCCUCUCUAUGAUUUUUUGAAUGAAGCUUUGCAACAGUUUGGCGUAUUUUCGGAGCAUUUAAGUAUUGAUGAAAGGAUGGUUCGUUAUUUUGGAAGACAUGGAUGCAAAAUGUAUAUGAAAGGGAAACCUGUGAAAUUUGGUUACAAGCUCUGGAUACUUUCAUCUUUUGAUGGUUAUCCUUUUCAUAUUAUACCAUAUCAAGGGGCACGAAAAGAGAACCCCAUUUCUGAACAUGGUUCCACUAGUUGUAACGAAACUAAAAUGAUGAAAAAGGGACAGAAGUUGUUAUCAGAAACAGUUGUUGAUAAGUUGCUAUCCAUUAUUGAAACUCCAGCAAAGCAUAAAAUUUAUACGGAUAAUUUUUUUUCAUCUUAUAAUCUUUUCUCUCAUUUGAGAAGCAAGCAAUUCUUUGCUACAGGAACAGUAAGGGAAAACAGAAUGGGAAAAUGUCCUUUAAAGUCCUCUAAAAUCCUGGGAAAUAUGGAUCGCGGAACAUCCGACAGGAAAUUUGACGUGAAUAAUGAGAUUGCAGCUGUUCGAUGGAACGAUAAUAGAGUAGUAUCACUCAUCACAAAUUUUGAAGACACGAGGUGUUUUAAAAAAGUUGAAAGAAGAAUGAAGGGCGGAAAACAAAAAGUAGACAUCCCAUCUUGUGUUGUUUCAUAUAACAAGUAUAAAAAUGGUGUUGACGUGUUCGACAAUCAUAUGAAAACAUAUCACUCUUCCAUACAAGGUAAAAGUGGUAUUGGCCUUUAG